CGGCUUCCGGACCUUACGCUGUCUUGCCCACCGGCAAUGAACGUACACCAUCGGCCGGGACAAUUCGGAAAGAUGAGCCGUCUCCCUCUCAAACCCGCGCCAUCGUGGAGGUAGAGCAGGAAGCGCGGGGAGAUCUGGGUAGGAUUCAGUCCAGGGUCGCGUUGUGGGACUCGGGAAGGGACCGAGUUCAUGGCGCCGAUUUUGAUGCACUUGCCUUGCCGCCGUUCACGACCUCCGACCAGGUCCAUGUCAUGGGGUUGGACCUGACAGGACGAUACAUCGCGCACACCUUGGCUGGGUGCCGGACUAUCCCCCCUGUUUGCUACAUAAUUCAUAACCACUUCAUGGCCAAGCGAUGGCGCGACCUAAAUAAGCAGCUGACGCUGUUCCGAGGUCACCAUAUGAUCGUCCGUCGCCGAGUCAAAGCCGACUACACAUUGGAGCAAGACGAACAACUGGAGCGAGGGCCUAUCCACAACCUUAUUGUCACGCUGCCGGCUUCUCAGGUGAUCAAGGCCAUAGGCAGUAUCAGGCACCGGCUUGAUCAUCGAUCAACCAUCUGCCUAGUGAACGACGGGCUGGGGGUCGCCGAGGCUCUGAUCGGAGCCUAUUUUCCGGACGAGUCGAAGCGCCCAAUAUUCCUGCUUGGGCAUCUUACCACGAGCUUGGAUCAUGUCGACGACUUAUUCUCCGUCUCGGAAGUCCGGCCGGGGAGACUUUACCUGACGCUGAUCCCCUCGCAAGGGCUUGGGGGACAUCACGACAUCCGCAUCAGGCGUCACCCGCCCUUGGAGCGGACGGUCAGAGGGUCGCAUUUUAUCCGACUCCUCACGGCGACACCAGGACUCAACGCGACGGGCCAUCCGAUAGCCGACUUUAUGCGUUACAAGCUGCCCACAGUGGCCUUCAGGACGAUAGUGGAUCCGCUGGCUGCACUGUUUGAGUGUCGAUACGACGGCCUGCGAGACAACGCGCACGCGCGGCAGCUGAUGGAUCGUCUGCUCGCGGAGUUGUCGGGCGUGCUGUCGCGUCUGCCAGAAUGCAGGGACUCGCCUAAGUUCCGGCAGGUUGCCCUGUUUACCGAGCUGAGGGACGAGGUGUUCCGCAAGCUGGUGCUGCAGCGGACUGCCGACAGCAAGAUGCGCUCGCAGGUUGCUCGGGGGUGGGACACGGACGUCGACUUCUUGUCGGGCUAUUUCGUGAGACGUGGGCGGCAGAUGCACUGUCCCGUCGAGGCGCUCGACUCGGUCAUGUGGGCGGUCAAGGCGAAACGGUUGGUCGAGUUGAAGAAGCUCGCAGGUGAAAUACCCUCGCAAAAGAAGACAGAGCCGGCUACCCAGUGAGCCUUGCAAGCUACUGAUACAACGGCUUGAACGUGAGAAAGCGAGAGCAUUGUACAUCACACAUUGUAAAUAUGGUACGGGGAUAGACGGGAUAGCUGGCAUGUACGAUUGUGCAACAACUCGACCUUUGUAUGAUAGAUCAGAUAUAUACCUAGACUCUAGAGAUUAUGAGGGGCAUGGUUGUCUAAUGUUGUUGGAGACUCG